AUGGCCAUCGAAACUCUUCCUUCUGAUACUGUUCUUGUCGUUGGAGGCGGACCCGUGGGGUUGCUGCUGGUGAAAACAUUGGCCCAUCAUGGAGUCAAAAGCGUGUUGCUUGAGCGACACUACACAACAACUACCUGGCCAAAAAUGGACCUCACCAACUCUCGCUCCAUGGAAAUUUUCCGAAGUCUAGGUAUGGCAGAAGAGCUUCGAAAGUUGGCCGUGCCUGCGAAAUUUCCGUUCGCUUGUCUCUUCUCCACGGGCCUUAACGACGAGAAGGCGGCAUCAUCGUGGGAUCUACCGAGCGCAGAGAAACUCAAUGAGCAAAUUUUGACUCAAAAUGAUGGAUCACUUCCCUUGGAACCCUGGAUGCGAAUUUCACAGGAUCCGCUGGUGGACAUUCGUUCUGGGUGGAAGGCGACAAGCGCCAAAGAAAAUGACGAUGGUGUCGAAGUGACAGCCAUUGACGCAAAAACGGGCGAAGAAACGACAUUUCAUAGCAGGUAUGCAGUUGGAUGUGACGGCGCGAAUAGCGUCGUAAGGGAAAGCUUGGGAAUUAAACUCGAUGGCGGGCCUCUUCCUGGUCGCGCUCUUUUGGUUCAUUUCAAGUCCCGCGAUUUGACUCGCCUACAGAAGCAGGGACAGUUUUGGCAUAUCUUCUUCCCGAAAACGGUAGAGGAAGGCGGUUCGAUGAAAGGCGCUAUCAUUGCGCAGGAUGAGAUCGACACUUGGACAAUUCACAGAUUUCUUUCCGCCGACUUUGACGACUCUCAACUUUCUUCUGAAGAUGCAGUUUACAGCACUCUUGGUGGUGCUGGUGAGCCCUUUCCAAUCAAGAUCGAUGAAGUACUUGUACGAUCAACGUGGAAUCCCAGCGUGGCAAUUGCUCAGGGUUUCAUGGGUCCAAAGCAGCGAAUUUUCCUAGCUGGAGAUGCUUGCCACCAAAUGCCACCCACCGGAGGUUAUGGCAUGAACACAGGUAUUGCUGAAGCAUUUGAUCUCGGCUGGAAGCUCGCUGCGGCUGUUAAUGGAAGACUAAUGGCAAUGCCAAAGGCCGUCGAAUUUUCAGGUAAAACACUACAAGCUGGCGGAGAAGAGGCAAGCGCCAUGCUUGGUCGCGUUCACGAGUAUGUUCAAGCAAACGACGCUCACAACAAGAGUCUGGGUGUAGAGCUGGGCUACAGAUACACUUCCAGUAUUUGUUUGCCAGACCAAGCACAAGAUGAGCUUCCAUCCCCUCCGGAAUUUGAUCCAAGGCAUUAUAUACCCACAACUGUCUCUGGCUACCGAGCGCCCCACGUGUUUCUUCAAGACAAGACGCCAAUUUUCGAUCACUAUGGUAAAGAUUUUACCCUGAUCGCGUUUAAGAACAGCCAGCAACAUUUACAAGCUAUCGAUUGGUUUACACAGUCUGCCGAACGGCUCAAGGUUCCGCUUCGCAUCUCAUCGCUUGAUGGAGAGACAGCAGCGCAUAGCAUCUGGUCAGCAGAUCUUGUCCUGGUGCGCCCAGAUGGAUUUGUUUCUUGGCGUGGGAAUUCGCUGGAUAAACUUGACACUGCCCAUGAAGUUAUCGCCAAAGCUACAGGACAUGAUUAA